AUGAAGUCAUUCUUUUUCGUUUCUGUUUCUGUUGCUAUCAGCCAAGCCGCUGUGAUUAAGAGAGAAGGUACUUGUUCUUUCCCAAACUCCAACGGUAUGGUUGCAGUCCAGACUAAAGGCAAGAACGGUGGCUGGGCCAUGAGUUCCGAUCAGGAGUGUACCUAUGGGUCUUACUGUCCCUAUGCCUGUCCUCCAGGCCAGUUGAUGGGCCAGUGGGACCAGUCAUCUACAUCAUACACUUACCCCGGUUCUAUGAACGGUGGUUUGUACUGUGAUGAAAACGGUAACCUACAAAAGCCAAACAAAAAUCAAGCAUACUGCUACGAAGGUAAGGGUACCCUUUCUGCAUUUAAUAAGGCCGGUAGUCAGGUUGCCUUCUGUCAAACUGUCCUACCUGGUAACGAAGAAAUGUUGAUCCCAACUGUUGUUGGUGGUGGUUCUACACAACCUUUGGCUGUCCCAGGUCCAGACUACUGGGCUGGAACUGCCGCUCACUACUACAUCAACCCACCAGGUGUUAGUGCUCAAGAAGGUUGUAUCUGGGGGUCUGAAAGCAACGCCAGAGGUAACUGGGCCCCAUAUGUUGCCGGUGUUAACCAGGACUCUAAUGGUAACACAUUUGUUCAAAUUAGCUGGAAUCCUAUCUUCUUAGGAUCUUCUUUGAGCGGUAACAAACCAAACUAUGGUGUCAAAAUAACUUGUGACAACGAAGAAGAUUGUGUUGGUGCUCCAUGCUCGAUCGACCCUAGUAAAAGUGGUGCUAACGAAGUUCAAGGUGCUUCUAGCACUGGUGCAGGCAAUGCUAACUUCUGUGUCGUUACUGCUAAGAAUGGCGCCAAGGCUAAAAUCGAAGUCUUUUCUGUCGGUAGUGGAUCUAACAGCAAGAGAGAUGUUGAGCACCAUGUCCACAAAUAUGCCAACCAAACCUCAGAAUCUACUACUACUUUGAGCAACUGA